AUAGGACAACGUCAACAUCAGAAUGCGUGCAUUUAUCAUUUUAUGCUUUGUGGCGGCCGUCAGCGCCGGACGCUUGUCCGGCUACAACUACGGACAGGGAACCACUCAAGGAAUUGGCAGCAUUGGCGGUGGCAGCCUUGGCGGUGGCAUUGUCGGAGUCAGCAAGGGACUAGGAGGACCAGUCAGCUAUAAUGCCGCUCCCCAGGCCGGAGUCACCAAGGAGUUCUACAGCUUCUACGCCAACGAGGCUGACUUUGAGGAUCCCGAUGCCCAGAGGAAGAUCGACGCCUCCCUUAAGAAGAGUGUGCGCGUCAUCUUCAUCAAGGGACCGGAGAACCGCGGCUACGAGAACGCAGUCCUCGCCCUGGCCAAGCAGGCCGCCGAGCAGCAGACCGCCAUUUACGUCCUGCACAAGCAGACGGACAUCAACGAGCUGGCCAACAAGUUCAAUGCCGUCCGCCAGAACGCCAACCAGAAGCCCGAGGUGCACUUCGUCAAGUACCGCACUCCCGAAGACGCUGCCAACGCCCAGCGCGCCAUUCAGUCGCAGUACGACAAUCUGGGUGGAACCUCCCAAGCCAUCAACGGAGGAGUAGCCAAAGCCCUGAACUUUGCCUCCCGUGCUCCUGCUCCAGUCCGUGCCGGUCAGGUUCAGGCGCCCAUCAGCGACUACCUCCCCGCCUCCAUCAUCAAUCGCCUGCGCCACUAAAAAGCUUUC